UCGGCGGCAGCGUGCAGAGUAGCGGAUGACUAGCACCGGCAGUAUGCAAAGCUUUGGGCGCCGGCUCUGGCUCUGGCGACGACGAGGGCGACACAGUCGGCGAAACUGACGUUCUGGGCCUUUUCAAGGACAUAGCAGCGCACUUUCAACAGAGUCCUGAGAGUGUGUGACAGCGUGACCGAGCGCUCUUUUAUCCUUUCCGACGACCAUGUCCUCUAAACGAAAAUGGGAUCAGCCGGGACCAGCAGCUGCUGAAGGAGGCGGUCUUGAUGAGACAAAGACAGCAGUUGACGCGGCUGCCGCAGCUGCUGCCAUCGCUGCCAAAAUUGCUGCCCAGUUUGCAGAGGGUCUUGCCAAGGACGCCCAUGAAGCCGAUUACACGAAAGAUAUUGACAUUAACGAUGUCAGGAAUAGGUAUAUGUUGACGAAGGGAUCUACCCAGCAGGAGAUACACGAAGCGACAGGCGCAUCCGUCAGCACAAAGGGCACCUGGUAUCCUGACAGAAGUAAAGCAACUGAAAAAGAUCCUCCGCUGUAUCUUCAUGUCAUGGCAUCAUCUCCGGAAAUAUUACAACAGGCGAUCGACCACAUCAAUCAGCUCAUCGCCAUCGAUCUUGGGUCUCUUGUCGAGGAUAAGAAGGACCGUCUGCGAGAGAAGCGAAAAUGGCCAGAAGAAAAACUACCUGUUGGUCUAGAGUCUAUCCGGAAUUUCCACAUUCGUGCAAAGGUUGUGGGUCCUCAGGGCCAAUUCGUCAAAUACAUACAACAGGAAACCGGUACUCGUGUCCAGGUCAAGGGAAUUGGGUCUGCUUUCCUUGAACCAGAGACAGGCCGAGAAAGCGAUGAGCCUCUUUACAUUCAUAUAACCGGCCCCGAGGAAGGUCAGGUCGCAAGAGCCAAAGUGCUAACCGAAGACUUACUUCUAGUCGUCCGAGCUGAACACGCAAAGAUGGCGGCUAUUGUGCAACAACAACAAAUGGAACUGCACCAAGCCCAAAUGCAAUAUGCUGCCUACAGCACAAUGGCGGUAGGUGUUGGCUUUAUAUUGUUUUGGGCUGAUACUUUGGGUAUCUUCUUCUUGUGUGCCUUUUUUGUUUUUUGUACACUUGCUUACCUCUAGCAUGGGAUUUGUUGGCGGCGUAUCGUGAAGUAUGAACAAACUGACCUUUGCGUCUAGGGUUACGGUCAACAACCUCCGCCUCCCCCCAACGGUGCACCCCCACCACCUCCCGGUGAUCAACCACCUCCGCCGCCUGGUGCUGCGCCAGAUGGCCAACCUCCAGCUCCUGGUACGGAUCCUUCCAGUGCCGAGGCAU